UUCAGGUUUUUAAUCCGCAGCUUCUUUACAUCUGUUCCUGAGGUAUUGCUUUGUUUUUGCUUUGGGAUACCUCACUGUGUGCCAAAUUACUAGAGUCUAUAUCUUUGAUUAUGGACAGUAUUCUGCUGAUUUUUCUGGUCCAAUGAUGAUAAUUACACAGAAGAUCACUAGUUUGGCAUUUGAGAUUCAUGAUGGAAUGUUUCGGAAAAAUGAAGAUUUGACUCCAUCACAGAGGUGCUUGGCUGUAAGACGCAUGCCAAGUCUACUGGAGUAUUUAAGUUACAACUGUAAUUUCAUGGGUAUCCUGGCAGGCCCGUUAUGCUCUUACAAAGACUAUAUUACUUUCAUUGAAGGCAGAUCAUACCAACUGCAACAGUCUGAAGCAAAUGGGAAGGAAGAUACAAAAUAUGAACAAACGGAUCCUUCUCCAAAUAUAGCCGUGGCACAGAAACUCUUAAUCUGUGGACUGUCCUUACUCUUCCACAUGACUAUUACAAAAACUUUGCCUGUGGAAUACAACAUUGAUGAUAACUUCAGAGCUACAGCAUCCUGGCCUGUAAGGUUUUUCUACCUAUACGUGUCUCUUAUGGCUGCCAGACCCAAGUAUUAUUUUGCAUGGACUUUAGCAGAUGCAAUUAAUAAUGCAGCAGGUUUUGGUUUUAGAGGCUAUGAUAAAAAUGGAGUUACACGUUGGGAUCUAAUAUCAAAUCUGAGAAUCCAACAAAUAGAGUUUUCCACAAGUUUCAAGAUGUUUCUUGAUAACUGGAAUAUCCAAACAGCUCUUUGGCUUAAAAGAGUGUGCUAUGAGCGAGCCACCUUCAGCCCAACGAUCCAAACCUUCAUCCUCUCUGCCAUUUGGCAUGGGGUUUACCCAGGAUAUUACUUAACAUUUUUAACAGGAGUACUAAUGACACUAGCAGCACGAGCUAUAAGAAACAAUAUCAGACACUAUUUUGUUGACUCUCCUGCUGUUAAACUAUGUUAUGAUAUUAUAACAUGGAUGACAACUCAAGUAGCAAUAAGUUACACAGUCGUGCCAUUUGUACUGCUCUCUGUAAAACCCUCUUUCACCUUUUACAGCUCCUGCUAUUUCUGUCUUCAUAUUGCCAGCAUCCUGGUGUUGUUGGUAUUUCCAUUGAAAAGAACUCAAAAAGGAAGUAAAAAGCAUGAAAGCAUCCAGCCCGUGUGGUCCAAAAAACUAGAAGAAGAAAAUCUUUUGCAAAAGAACAGUUAUUCCACAACAAAUAAUAGUUUCGGUCAGAAACAAGAAAUAACCUGCAGAUAUCAAGCAUUAAAACAGUGAUUGAGGAAAUACUAUGAUGAAUAUAUUUUGUAUGUUUUCAGAAACCCAUUUUUAGCACCUUUUAAAGGGGUUUGUAUUUGUUUGCAAAGAUGUUUAGUAAGAAAAGAAUGCAUUACCUAGGAAAAUCACAUACAAUAGCAAGACUGGAAACAAAACAAAUUAACCCCUCCCAUGCCAUGUCCCUGUGGGUCACGCCUUAUAUGAAGAUAUUACCAUUAUUUCAAUGGGCACUCAGGACUUGCAACGUAUGUCCAUAGGGUCAUAUGUGUGCCCUUUGCUGAAUGUACGUUGUGUAUCCCAAGGCACUGAUGGGGUGGAAUAAAAUUGUGUCAAUCUAGGAUUAACAAAUGGAAAUUAGUUUUUCCAAAUGAAUGACUUGCCUUAAACCCUCUAUUUACUGAAAUAUUUUUGAAGUAUUUUCAAGUUUGAUUUUGUGUGGAAAGCAUAUUUCAAAUAUGUAAUACCGUAUGCUAUAAAGAAGAUAAAAAUAGGAAAUGCAAAGUCAUUAGAAGGCUUUUGAAUCUUUAAAAGGGAAUUGCAAUAAGCAUCUCAGUAUUUGGAGGGUUUUCUUAAAGUAUCUCAAACUAUUACAGUACAUUAUGGAACUGUAAACAUUAGUGAUGCCAAAUUGUAGUUAGGUUUCUUUGAUAAAGAGUAUAAUUACACAUAGCCCUUCUGAAUGGAUUAAAAAAAAAAAACGAAGGUUCACCUUUUCCCGGGCUUGAUAGCUCUAAUCUAGGUUUCUUUUACUUCAAAGUAAAACCUAAAAACAAUAAAAAAACACUGCCAAGUGGGCUUUGCAACCAGAGAAGGAAAGGCAGCCAUAGGACACAGAAGACAAUGUGCAAGCACCAGGAUUUCAAUGAAAGUGCGUUUUUAACCUUAAAUACCAGAAAUACUUGUUCUAGAAUAGAACUGUUUUACAAAAAAUGAUUUUUAAUACUUAAAGUUGCUUUGAAUUUUCAGGCAUACGGUAGUUAGUUGAUGAUGCUUUCAGUAUAAAAUAGCAAAAUUACCUUCAGCUCUAGCACACAGGUAGUCAAACAAGAAAUUACUAUCGUAACCAAUUUCUGUACGCUUGAUAAUUGAUGGCCCUUUAUCCAAAGACGUAUAUGAAUUUGAGGAAAAGCUUUUUCUUUAAAUUAGAAUUUUAAAUGCAAAUUUCACAUCGUAUUUCUGGGUAACAUAAUGAAAGAAAGAAAUCCUUCUGACUGACUGAAUUAUGGACGUGUGUCAAGGGAAUAAUGCAGUGAUUAUAUCUAUUCCAGACCAUGUAUUGUGACGACGGUCCCUGCUAGAGUACUACUGUUAAAGGGCUACAUUUUAAUUGCUUAUCUUCUGUAUUUUCUUAUAAUUUUUUUUAAGUAAACACAAACUGUUUAUCCACAUGGGUUUUUUUAGCUUUAAAACUGACACAAAAUACUACUGGAGAAAAAUAAUGCAGCUUGUUGAUUAAUAACCUACAAAUGAAUGAGAAAAACUUUGUCAUAAUAUUUUGAACCUUAAAUUUUUGAUCAAAUAUCUGGCGCUAGUGGGGUGAAUAUUCUUAGUACCAGAAGUGCAAUGAUAGUCCUCAGCUUUGGGGAUGCUACCGUGCAAAAAUAGUCACAAUACUUCUGGCUUACUCUCUAAAGAACCAGAUCCAAAGUCAGGUCAGAGUUGUUUUCUUGCUGUGAUAGUUCUGUGUCUGGCCUUUGGCUCCUUGCCUAAAACUCCAGGAGGAUAAUGUACCUUUUCCAUAUACGUAGGUUAGCGCUAAUUAACCUACGCAGUUAGAAAGGGGGAACUAAAUAUGAAAUAAGAGUGAAUGAGUGUUUAGGUGAGUAGGGAUGUUUGUUGUUUCAGUGACGGCUGUAUUAUCUUUAAAAGAAAAUAAUCUGACUUUUAAAUCCUUACUUUGAUUACCCAAGCAGACCUCCCCUUACAUGGGGUUGUGGUUGUCAUAUGCCUCUUUGAAAUGGCAUUAUGGUUUCCUCUGUUGUUUAUAAGUAAGGGCACACUAGUUUCUUUGUUUGAUUAUCCUUAUUAGAUACAGAAUCAGGAAAGACGUUUUCCUACUUUCUGUUCUUGAAGGGACAUUUACAUAAAGUAACAAAUAGAAUUGCACAUUUCUGGGUGGGUGAGUAGAGUUAGGGUUGAUUCUUUCAGCAUUUGUUGAUGUUGAACUUGACUGCACCAACAAGAUGAAUUUUAUAUAUCUACCCAAACAAGCACUUUUGGAUGCCAGUGCAACAUCUAAUGUGCCAUUUUUACCAUUAAUGUUCUGGUACUCUUGUUUUCUUGUUUUGGCAUGCGUGCCCAUAUGUGUGGUGAAGGCUUACUAAUUCUUCAUUAUGAAAUAUGACAACAGGUGUAAGCACUGCCAGAAAAUAAGCAGGUUUAGGAUAGCAGAGGCUGGUACUUCAGUGUGAGUGAAUUCACAGGUACAGUUUUGUUCAGAACUUUUGUAUAUGGGGAAGUUAAAACAGCUAAGAAAAUAUGUACAUGCUUUAGUUGGGCACAAGUGGCAAGAUAUGGGUUUCAAAAUUGGACGUGACUGGUGUCUGCGUGCAAUACAAUUAUUUUCUUCUUCAUGAUCUGAACCCCUUAAAUAAUUGCAACACAAGAAAAUUAUGACAAUUAGUUCUGCACGGAAUUUAUUAAGUGUAGUGUCCUACAAUUUGCCCUUUAAAUGUCAUUGCUGAAUAUAAAAGUACUUUGAACCAAAAUCUGCUCUUCAUGCAAAUGAAUGAUCUUGGGGACCAUGGAAAGAGGGGUUUUGUUUUAAUGGCAGCACUCUGAUUUUAGUCAAACUGGGGGUUUGCUGUUGUUGCUUUCCUUUGCUUUACUAGUUUUCUGCCUUGCUAUCGCACUGAAUCCUCUUCAUCCAUUCAGUCAGAAAGUCAAGAGCAGCCAGCCCUGAUGCUUUAGACAAUUUUUAGGUUUUACACACAUCAUUUUAUAAUACUGAAUUUGAAAGGAUGGCAGUGGUUUACUAUUGCUCUUGCUGAGAAAAACAGUAGAAAAUAAAUUUCCUAGAAAUGUUUUGGGCAUGAAGGAAACAUGGUUUUAAGUAUUCUUCCACUUAUUAACUAAUGUAUGUCCAAAAGGUAAAAGUGUUUUCUGUAUUGCAGAUCAGCACACUAUGAAAAGUAAAUACAACAUAUCAUUCAUAAUUUUAUGGUGCUUUGCAGAUAUUUGCCUAUUGUGAACAAUUCAUUCAGGCACUUAAUGAGUUAAUGUUAGUUAGUAAAUGUAGUCACCCUGAUAGUAACUAUUUGCUUGCUUAACCUUUUUUUAACCUUUAUGAUUCUGUAUUAAUGAGAGACAUAUAUUACAUAUUUAAGUAAUACUUUCAGUGGUGCCUACUACUGUUGUAAUCGGGAAGGCUUUGUUAGCUUUACAGUUACAUAUAUGCCCUUCUUAUUCAGGAAACUUAUUCUUCCCUGGCCAUUCCUUAAGUUGACAUGUAGACAAGAUUUCAGUAAUAGGUGACGUGACAUUUUAAAAUACAUUACCAUGUAAAAAUACUGGUAUGCGUUUCAAUAUGCUCUUGAUAACAAAUCGUACUUUAGUGAGAAGACUUUACGAAGACAUCUUUGUAUAUUCCCUGCUCUACGCUGACUUGUGGUAGGAGUUUUACCAGUAUAGUAUGUUAUUUAUUAGAAGAAUUUUACGCUUAAAUAACUUGUUCUGUUUCCCCUGUGGGAAUAAGUAACAUGAAUAUAAAUGCUACACUUGUGUGACAGGAUGCACACUAGGUAGUUGUGCCUCUAUUGAUGGCAUUGAUUUGGUUAGUGGUAAAACGGCCUCUGGUGCAGAGGAGACAUUUAUGAGAUCCUCACCUCCUGUCAAAUUCAUAUCAAAAGUAAUUUUAACAGAAUCUGGAUUUUUCUCUCAGAAGCUUUGCAAACUAAUUGUUGACAAUUUGUUGAAAUACACGGUCAAAUGUGUCCUCACGUUUGCCUGCAAAUCUGUCACUGUUGCUUACAUGUAAACUUUCACAUGCUCAACUUUGUAAGUUGGCCUUGAAUGAUAAAGAAAUUUAAAAGCACAAGUUACAAUAAUCUAGGCUUUCAUUUCCCUUAUCCUUAAGUCUUUCACUUUGUAUUUCUCAUUGAAUUCUGAAAUCAGGUUUGAGAUUUUUUCAUUUUCAAUGAAAAUUUGGAAAUAUUGCCAUUUAUGUUGAAAAGUCAGUGUUAAAAAAACAGAUGGAAAUAAAUUUAAGGAUUUUAAUAUGAUGCAGACUCUACAUAUAAAAAACAUACAUUGGUUCUGUGCUGAUUCAUUGCAGUAUUUCAAGAUUAGCCUUUCUGUAUUUAUUUAGGUCCCGUAAUACUCAGAAGAGCACUUGGAAUUAUUUUUAAAUUUCCUGUUAAAAAAAAUCAGUUGGCUAUAAGUACUUAAAGUAUUUAAAUGCUAUGCUGAAUAAGUGUCUAAGCAGAUACUCUAGUGAAUUGAGCCUACUCUCAUUAGAUUACCAGAUCUGUCUGGAUCUAAACUAGCUGGCACUGUUGGUCUUGAUCCUCUUCGCAGUCGUGGUGGAAAAGCUGGCUGUGAAGAAGUCUCUGGCAAGAACAUGUCCUGUCAGUGGCCGGGAGGGUUUGCCAGAGUUCCUGGGGGGAGCUAACCCUACAUGCAGAGCUUGACAGAGGAUCUACUUGCCUGUGACCCAGGCUGCAGCUGCUCUAUGCUACAUCUACCUGGAUUUUUGAUGUGUUUGCUGUCUCGAGCUAGACAUUUUGCAAACACCAUGAAAUCCAGGCAUCCACAAAGUCACCCUGCAAGGUUACAACUGCAAAUAUUGCAACAGUUGCUUAUUAUGGUCAAAACUAAAUGGAAGAAAAAAAUUUCUUAAAAACUUGUUUUGAGAUGAGCCUUUUGUAUGUUUUAUACAAAACCUAACCAUCAAUUGUAUCAAUUUUCAUCCCAUUAAAUAUUUAAAACAUAAUUUUGCUCACUUUAGGUAUACAAAUGUGCAAAAGCAAAUUUUGCCACUUCAUCAUCUUCUGUGCAUUAGCUGUGUGUCCAGUGACUUAGGCCUGGUUUUGGUUUUAGAUGUUUAUAGAUUGUCUAAAUCCAUGUGCAUAUCCAUAUAAACAUUGUGUAAACUUUAUGAAUUGACAAACUGUAGUUACAUAUAGUGUGCGUAAAUAUACUUAAAAUAGGUCAUAUCAGUAUUUACGUGAGGCUAGCGUUGAGCCCUCCAGUUGUACACUACAUCUGCUGAAGGCUGUUGGGCUCCGUUCUCAGAGUACUAAGCUUUCUGCUUCCUAAAAUGAAAAUAGGAUCUAUUGCUUACACUUUAAAUGGAAAGUAAAGGGCUGCUUUCACUCUGUUGCAAAACCAACCCUUACAGGAUAUUCUGCUGCAGGCUAUGAAUACAAAAUUUGACUUCAGAUAUAUGACUGAAAUCUGAGUUAGGGCCACUUUUGGAGGGAACUUUUUGUAUUAAUGGUGACUCAGUCCAGCACCUUAUUCCAAACAAACCUCUUGGCAAGAGAGACCUCUGCACAAUCUUCUUCCUUCCUUUUGUUCUCUGAGGGAGGAAUACCCCAAGUUGGAUUUUCAUUUAGGUUUCACUACAACGUGUCAUAUGGACAGAUAGCUGUGGUCCUUGCUCUAGUCGGAUUAAGCUUCUGAACUGUGACGAUGUAAUCUGAAACAAAAAAUAGAGAAACAGGGUGCCUAGAGGCCGGUAAUCAGAAUAGUGCAACACUACACGUUAAAGGUGUGCAACAAUCUUUUAUCACAAUAAGUUAAGGCAUAUUUGCCUAUGCAUAUUUUGCCUUUCUAUGUGUUUCAGUUCUCUUUACAUCUUUUCUUUGUACCUUCUUUUGUCCAGUGGUGUUGACUAUUUCUAUGAAGAAUCUUCUGAUGUGUCUUACUGUGACAAAGGUGUCAAAAUGAUACAAUAGUAAUUAGGUAGUUAUUCUUAAAUCCCAGACCUCAGAUGUGUUCUAGAUCAGUUAGAAGAGAACAUUCAAAAUGUAUUGAAUGAAAAAAAAGUGUAAGAUGGGUAAAUAUAGCGUUAUUCAAAGAUGUUGUAAUAAGUUAUUCAAUUUAAGAAUUUAAAAUAUGGAACUUUGUUCUUUCCUGCCUUGGUUACACAUUCAAGGGAAUAGUUUUACCUCAAUGCAGAAGUAGUUACGCCUCCAACUACCCAUAUGUUAAGGUGAGAAAACACCCCUAAAAGUGGAUAGCUACAGUAUUCCUAAAUUUGCCUUUCCUGGUUCAGAUUAUAAUGCAUUGUUGGUGAAUUUCAUUUUUAUUAUUCCAAAAUAUAUAUUUUUUAAAAAGUGUUAUUUUUCAACAGAUCCAUAAACUACGUGUUGGUGUAUGGUAAAAUUAAAAUACCACUGUUAGUUACACUGUGAUUGUGAUAUUUUAAUAAUUACUUAUUUCUAAUUUGUCUCAGCAGUGCUGCAGAAGCAGCAUGCUGUUAUGUUUUAAAGGUGUUUUUAACUUGCCUAUAAAUGUUUUUUUCUAAUUUGUGUCUUUAAAUCUGAUUAAACUGUAGUU